AUUUCUGCUGCCAUAGCCUCUGAUCAUUACAUUCAUGUUGAGUUUAUCUUAACUGUAAAAAAUUGGGUUGGUGAAUAUAACACUAAUGAAAAUAAAACACAUAUACUCUGUUAGAAGACGUGAAAAUUGAAGCAGAAAGUGAAGAACAAAGGAAGAAAUAGUUAACAAAAAAAGAGAGGGCCGGAGAGAAGAGUGAGGUGCAAGGUGUGGCUGCAGAGGUAGAUCAGGAGUUGUCGUUGUAUUUCUGGGUUUGGGAAUAGCUGAAAAACAGAGAAGAAAGCCUGCAACAGAAUCCAGUACCGGUAAAUCUUAAGUAAGGAGGAUCCUCAUAGAUUCACUAUUUUUUUUCCCUCCCUUCUCUCUCUCUAUCUCUCUCUCUCUCAACACUUUCCCUGUCAAACUUAUCUGAACUAGCCGUGCCAUCACCACUUUUUCUACCUCCACCACAACCACUCCCCAUUUCGCUUAUCCCAAAAAGUACACAGAGCUCUAGAGAGAGAGAGAGAGAGAGAGAGAGAGAGAGAGUUGAAAAUAUUGGUUGGUUGCUGUGAUUUAAGACAUAUUAAGGGCUGUGAUUUUAGUUGUUGGCUCGGGAUGACGAGUUGCAUGGAACGUGGGAAAUCCAAAGUGACUUUUAGUCUAUAGCUUGUAUUCUAAAGUCCAACAUCGAUCGAAGAGAAUCAAAACGAGGCAGACGCGGAUAUCAUAAACCUGAUCAGCUUCUUCUUCUUCUUCUUCUUCUUAUUAUUAUUAUUAUAGGGUUUCCUGAUCAGUUCUGUCUUCUUGUUCAUGGAGUGGAAGAGAAGUAGUCGACCGAGGCCCAGAAACAAACCCCCUAUUUUCUACUGUAUCUCCAUCUUCUUCUUCUCAUUUUGCGCGCUGUUCAGCAGUAUCGGCUCCAAACCUACAUGUGAAGCUAGCACGUGUCCCAUGUCUGCUAAAGCUGAUCAAAUACUUCUACAGCACGUACGGUCUUGGAUGAAGCUGGAAUUGCAAUGUACACAUCUUUUGUUUGUUUAUUCCAACAAAGGAAAAGAAAAAACAGAGUCGGUGGAAUCCGAUCGGGAGAGAACAGAGGAGGAGAGCAUUGUGUCACUAGCCUGGAGGACAUCAACGAGCUUGGCAAGGAGGUUUUUGGGCGGGCCUGGAUCAUCGCCACCGCGAUGCAUGUUGAAGUGCGGCAAGUGCACGCCGUGCAAACCGGUCCACGUGCCAGUGCCACCCGGAACACCGGUGACUGCUGAGUAUUAUCCCGAAGCUUGGAGGUGCAAAUGUGGCAAUAGGUUGUACAUGCCAUGAAUUGAUAUGGUGUGCUUACUUAAUUGCAUGCUUACAAUGGGAAUUAGUGUUGUUAAUGAGCUACUUUGGGAAUAUAUGUUGAUGAGAAUACGGAUAUAUAUAUAUAUAUAUAUUGAACUUCUAAAGCUGUGUAAACAAAAUUAUAUACUAUAUAUUCAAGAUCACGAGUAUGAGAUAUAAUGUGUUACUUGUA